UCGUUCUUGCCUGUCGCGUAAGAAGGAGCACGCCCCGCCGUUGACAGGGGAACGAUUCUUCCGAGGUCAGGAGAAAGCCAAGCCAACGGGUUCCUCUCCCUCUUCUUCGGUUCUUCGUCCAACAGCCAACCACCCCCAGCCUCACUCUGUUGCCUCUCAGCUCUCAGGUCUACUGACUUCCUCUCCGUCUCUCCCAGUCCCAGAGGAAAGGAAGAUCGAUCUGCUGGUUUCCCCAUGGAAGAGGAGGGCAAGGGGAGGCACCGGUUUUUCAAGGUCCUCGUCGGCGACUUCGCCCGUCGCCUCGAGAUACCUCGAGACUUCCUCUGUCACAUUCCAGAUGUGGGCGGCAGGCGUUCAGACACUUCUGUGGCUUCAUCUGCUCAAGUUAUGCUUAAGCAUUCAAAAUGGAAGACUUGGCCUGUUGAGCUAGAGAAAGUUGAUCGUCGCGUAUUUAUGACCACCGGAUGGUCGAGGUUUGUGGAGGACAAUUCUUUGAGGGAAUACGAGUUUCUUCUCUUCAGAUAUGACAUGGACCUGCAUUUCAUGGUUUCUGUUUUUGGUCGGAAUGCUUGUGAGAAAGCAAUUCGGUAUUCAGGAAGCGGUGCUCAAGCUACUGGGAAUCUAGAAGCAAAACUCCGGUCUGAUAUAUGCCCCUCUAAUAGAAGGGGACAUAGUGCUGAUAAACUAACAGAGAUCGCUAAUGGUCUCAUGCAUAGUCACUCACUGGUUAAGACACCAGAUCAAUUUGAUACUGAAGGCUUCGCUGACCUACAUCUUCAUGAAGUUGGUGGUUCAAAAGAUGAGUUAAGGACAUGCUUAUUGUUGAAGGGACCAAUGGAGGAUGACAAAGCUAAAACAAUGACUGAAGUAAUGAGAAGAUUGCAUCUUGACAAAGUGACAAUUGAAUUAUUCUGUGCUAUACUCUGUUUGUACAAGUGGAAUGUGGAUGCAGCUGCGGAAGAUUUUGAUAUAUGUAGGGGCAAACCACAAACACAGAACCAGUUUCUAAAGAAGAAACUUGUUUUGCAGUUUGAUUUUAUAAAGAUACAACUACGGCGCUUCUUCCCUCUAGAGGAUGAUUGUUCUACUCAAAUAUGUGAUAGCAGGAACAGCAGUCUUGACGAGCCUAAUUUGUUGAGCGAGCCUCUACAAUGUGACCAGUCUGCAGUGAAGCGAAAGCUAGUUGACGACCAUGUGUUAUGUGAUUUGUCUUGCAAACAAAAGAGGAGAAUUGGCAAGUCGCGUACACAGCAAACUUCUGAAACACCACGAAGAUCACCAAGACUGGCACGCCUAAAUAUUUCUCAUGACAGCAUAGAGAGCCUAUUGAAAGAACGACCUGAAGUGUUAGAAUCAUCACCAACCAGCACAAUAGAUAGGGUGGAGGACAGAGCAGGACAAGCACGUUUACUCAACAAGAAGCCAGGCAGUGUCUUACAAGGAGAUUGUAAGAAUAUGAUAGGUUCCUUCCCUCAAGACUGCAAGAGACUCAAAUCAGCACGAGGUGAUAUGGUCCCAAGUGAGGAGCCUGCACAUAGUGAAGAAACUUUUGAAGAACAAAUCAAUAGAAAUGCUUUAGAGACUUCUGAGUCGCUCAUACGUACAGGUGUCAUGGAGUCAUCACCACCAACCAACUCCAAGGUCUCAGCACCUUUGAAAAUGAAUGAGCUAUAUUUGACAUGGAAGCCCUCAUUACAUGCAAAUCCCAUUGAGAAAAUUUUACUUGAUAUUCAACGGGACAACUUUUUAAAGACCAUUUCACAUGUUCAGGAAAUUGUUCGGAGUCAUCCUUCAGACCUACUGUGCGCAGAUGUAAUUGAAACUGUUGUGAAGAAAGAAAUUCUUAAAUGGGAUUCAUGUCUUGAGGAUAUGGAUGCUAAAAGGAUAGUGAUUGCAUUUCUGGAGCAUGCUAAAAAAAUCAAGGAGAUUCACAAUUUCAACAUGAAGAUCCGGAAGGAAGAGUUUUCUGAAAAGCUACGAGAUCAGUUCAAGUGGCAGCUCAAUGAACUAGAAAGUGGAUACACUAACUUGGAAUUAGAUUACAAGAAAGCGACCAGUGAUUCUAACAUAGCUGUCUCGACAUUGGAAGAAUUGAAGAAAAGAUUGCAGUUGCACACCCUUCUGGAUGAGAUCAAAGACAUGCAGCAGUCCUUGACCACGAAGGAGGAUGAAAUGCAGAAAUUGGUGCAUCAAGUUGCUGAGCAUGAGAGCUUAGUCCAGAAGUCUUUAAUGGAAAGAGUAAGGGUUAAGACAGUUCUGAAGAACUACGAGCAGAUUCUUGUUGGACUAAAAAACCGGCUAGCCUCGGCUGAACUUGGAGUAAUUGAUGUGGAGGCAUUGGUCACGGUAGAAAUGGAUAACAUGAGCAAGGAGAUCGAGAUAUCUAAGGGAAGCCUCCUACAUAUCAAUUUCAAGUAACAGUAGAGACGAUGAUGUCAGGGUUGUGUUCAGUUGUAGGUCAGAUGUCAUGCUGCCAGCAUCAGCAAUCAGCUUUCCUGUGCUCACCAAGACGAAGAAGGUUUUGAAGACAUCACCCGCUGAGAUCUCCCCAGACUGUGCCAAUUUUCCACCAUACCAAAAAUCCAGUGCCCACG